AUGGUUGAAAUGAUUAGAACGGAUAGUAAUCGAACACAUUACCAAUACUAUCAAUCGAUAAUACAGAACGAAAAUGCUAAUGCUGAACAAAAAGAAAAAGACAAUGUCGUAAAAAAUAUGCCGUACCAUCACUUAUCUACAUCUAAAUUUUCUACCAAUACAGAUUUUAAAACCAUCGAACAUUUACAAGAUUAUAUAAGCAACGGUGCUUGGAUUAAGCCAAAUGUUUAUCAUACCGGUGAUAAAGUUGAACUAUUGGUUAACAAGAUAGUUUCUGAACAUAAUCCAAUUCCUCAUGCAUAUUAUGAUUUGCCCUUUGUUUGUCCACCCCAAAGUGACAAAAAACCGUUGCAUCUAUCUUUAAUGGAAAUUUUGGGAGGUGAUCGUAAGUGGCAAAGUGACUAUAAAUUAUUUUUCAAAAAGGAUCAGCAAUGUGCAAGAUUAUGUGACAGAAUCAUAAAACCUUGGGCCGUUAAUUAUUUGAUUGAACUAAUUAAACAGGAAUACAUGGUUAAAUGGCUAAUUGAUGAUGAAUUACCUGGCGCCACUACUUUUAUCUCCACUAUUGAUCAUAAAAAGUAUUACACUGAUGGGUUUCCCCUAGGAUUUAUUGAUGAAAGCACCGGGAAGGUAUUUAUUAACAAUCAUGUUAUGUUGGUUAUUAGAUAUAGGACUGAAGACUAUAAUAGGUUUACCAUUUUGGGGUUUGAGGUUUAUCCUAAAUCUACAGCAGAUGCUAUAUGUCCUGGUGGAAGCAAGAAUUAUAAACAUUUUGAGUUAGUGAACUUUGAGGAAGGCGCAACCAUGGAUGAAAUUAGAUUGCCAUUUACAUAUUCCGUUUAUUGGCGUGAAGAAUUAAAACAUACAUGGAGGAAUAGAUGGCAAUACUUCAUUGAUUCAAAAGAAAUAUCGGAAUGGAACACCUCUAAAUUGCAUUGGAUCGCAUUAUUAAACAGUGCGUUUAUUGCCUCUAUAGCCUGUAGUAUUGUGCUGUUUAUAUAUAAGAAUUUGGUGUCUACGAAGCAAUCAAUAAAAAAAAACGACAAUAGUUCAAUGCACUUAGUAGAUGAAAGGAAUAUCAAUACAAGUGUAAGGAGUGGAAGCCUCUUGAAGUAUAACAUCAUACGCCACUUCACAAAUACUAGCAGGGUCAUUGGUGGUAACAAGAGGUCAAGAUGGUUUAACCUUUUAUCUUUACUUAUAUCGUGUGGUGUUCAAUCAAGUUGUAUAUUGCUUGGUUUCAUACUAAUUUCGUGUUCCUUAAAUAAGCUACAUAAUAUUGGUGGUACGGUUUAUACAUUUGCAGUAUCAUGUUUUAUUACAGGAUGUAUUUUGGCUAGUUUUAUUGGUGUAUUAUUAUUAAAUUAUGGUAUUGAUGAUACUAGUAAUCUGUCAAUGAAAAGAAUAUUACUUGAAGGAUUGGUCUGUGGAUCAUUUGUGCCCUUACUGACAUUAUGUUUGAUUAUUUUUUUCAAUUCUAUUGUUUGGAUUACUGAUUCUUCUCAUGUUUUACCAUUUAAAACUGUUGUGCUAUUAGUUGGGGCAUAUUGUAUCAUAUGCAUCCCGCUAAGUUUGGUGGUUGCCGUUUUCACUAAAUUAUUUUUAGAAUUAAUCAAUAAUGGGCGCGCAAGUGUUACCACUGAUAGCUCUACUAGCGACUCGGUUGUUGGUAAUGAUAGUAGCGGUGAUAUCGCCAAUAAGCUUAAAGGUAACAAUAUCAGUAUUUCCGAUAUCUUUAUAACUUAUUUUGAUAUGUUUAUGAACAUUUGUACCGAUAACAAUGAUAAUAAUGAUGAAAUGACCACUAGUAAUGGUUUUAAUUUAUCUCCUUCACCAUCAUCCACAUUAUCUAGUACACCAUAUGCCAAUUUUAUAAACGUUGGAACUAUAACUGAUAAAAAUGCCUCUACAUUUAUGGAUAAUCCAAUAUUGUUAAUAUUAAUUUUUGGGAUAGUGCCAUUUACGGUCAUUUAUGUCGAAUUAUUAUCCAUAUAUAAAAGUAUAUGGGCUGAGAAAGCCCAUUUUUAUUACUUGUAUGGGUUUUUGCUGGCCAAUUUAGGUUUAUUAUGUCUAAGUAUCUGUAGUAUUUCUAUUAUAGGUACAUGUCUACAUUUCUAUUAUUCCAAGGCCUAUUUACGAUUACAAGAUGGUGACCAAUCCCAAUUAGACACGAUUACAAGUCCUUCCUUACGUAAUAGGAUAUUGGACGAUUGGAAAUGGCAAAGUUUUUUCAUUGGAGGGAGUGUGGCCUGGUAUUUAGAAAUCUACUCUAUUUAUUAUGUGUUUUUCGUUUUAAAAAUCACUGAUUUUAGCUCUAUAUUUUUAUUCAUAUGCUUUACUGCACUAUUCAAUGGAUUUGUUUUAUUUGCUUUUGGUUCUUUGGGAUUUAUCUCAAGUUGUUUUUUCAUUUGUAAGGUUUUUCAUUUUGCCACUUUAAAUGGUAGCGGAGGAAAUGGUUUUUUUUUCAAAAAUAGGCAUGCAUAG